GGAGCACCCACACACACACAUUGCACGAUCCAUCUGUCGUACGUACAAUGCAGCGCACAACUUGUUUGUCUCUUCCGCUUUCCGACGAGCGCCAACACACACGCUGCACGUCUUCCACGCACGGCCUUGCUUCGAAGCCGGCAUACACAUGGCAGGUUCCAACGAUCGUCUCGGGCUGUCUAACAUCGAAGACUGGGGGUUGACGCCCAGCUCCCAAGGUCACGAUGCGGACUGCAUGCAGAUCCCGUAUUCGCAGAUUGACGCGGCGUUUGGUGGCAGGCGAGUGACCACGGUCGAUGGUGAUGAGGACCAGCUACGAGAGAGUCUUCGCCUACGUGCCAUGGCGAAUGACGGGCAUCACGGUUUGUGCGGCGACUUCGCAGCAGGUCUAUCACUCUCUCCCACACCAUUGUCGUUCCCCUCGCAGUUUUCGAUGCGGCCUUCAGCAGAAACCAUGCCCGGGACACCUCAGGGCCGAAGGACCGCAUUCGACACCCCUGUGACCCCUUUGCACAUCACGGCAUCUGCGCCUUCGGCCAUGGAGUCCCCAUCGGUGGGUUGCGGUUCCACCCCCGUGUCCGCGCACAGCUCUCUGCCAGGUGGAUCUGCGGCAAUGGGAGACAGGGGUGGCCCAGCUAGUCCAUUGACCGUGCGCAGUGAGCGGCUAUCCAACCAUGUCAAUGAAGUCAACGGCCAGGUGUCGGGCGGCGGGGCAGCUUGUCCACAAAGGCGCACAAUUCUCCAGCAAAUAAUCCAUGACAUUGAGUUUGGAGAUGUGGAUCCCACAGCGAACAACCGUCCUCGAAGUCUGCAGCAGCAGUUUAAUGGCGCAUGGACACAGACGCCUAUGCGAGAUGGGUGUGAAGGCGGAGGACUUGGUGGCGGACUGCAGGGAUGUGCCAACGAAGCCGGCAUACGCACUACCCGCGAAGGUUCACGAUCGAGCUUGUCAAAUGCGUCGGCCGGAGCGUCGGGCCCAUCCGGGGACAAAGUCGUGCUGCAGGAGGGCGAAGUAUCUGGAGCGCCGGCUGAUAAGGGUAAAAAGAAGAAGGCUUCCAAUAGAUGGGCAGAGAAGGAGACGACAGUGUUUCUACGGGUUGUGUACGAGGUGAAAAUGGGCAUGGGGGAGAACUCCGAAGCCAUGGGAAUCGCUCCUCUGAAGGUGCGGUUGUGGGCAGAUGUGAGUGCCAGGAUGAAACAGGCACACUACGUGAGAGAAGACGAUGAGUGCAUGAAUCGGUACCACUUCGUGCGCAACAACUACAGGCUUGUGAAAGACCACAAUCGGUGUCCUGGCAGCCAUAAGUACUGGACGAUGGAUCAGGCGACACGCAAAGCGAACGGCUUGGACUUCCUGAUGCGACGGGAGUGGUACAACAUUUUACACAUGCACGAAGGGGACAAGGACACAAUCAACCCCAACAGUCUAACUGAUCCUGGAGCUGAAGACCACAACAGGGCGAACUCAGAGGACAGCGAUGUGGACGAGGGUGACGAUCCUGCGGCCGACGACGAAGCGGGUGAUGUGGGAUCGGGUGGCGGGGAUGGAGAGGGAGGAAUGGAUGGAUGGGGUGGAGGGGGGGGGUCUGACGGGGCAUAGGCCUCGCGUGUGCAAGUCGCGCAAAGCAAAGAAACAUCAAAAACCAUAGCGGGAGGUUAACAACAAAUAUCAUCGCGCCUC